AUGGCUACAGGAGGUCAUGCCCCAGAGAUAGAUGUGUUGAUCAACCUGCAACAGGUGAAGGUGGAGGAGGAAGAUGAGGACGGAUCAGCGGAGGAACUGGAAGGAGACGAGGAGGAGCAAAACUGGGAGAAAGCAUUGUCUGUGGAGCGCUUCGGCGACAUCAUCAGCGAUUCUGCUUCCGCCGGCGGAGACAAGAUGGGCCGGCACUACACUGAGAAAGACUUUGAAUAUCACAGACACACGUUUCACCAUACCCACCACCCCUUAUCCACCCACCUGCCCCUGCCCCAGCGUCUACGAAAGAGGGUGCACAGCACGGACCGGAGGCGCAAAAAGAAACGGAAGAAAAAAAAGACCUCCCUGGCCCCGUCCGACGUCACGCCCACCAUCCACGAGGUAGACGAAGAAGAGUCCGAGACCGACGGACAGGGAGUGGCCGCCACGCCCACGGUGCUGCCUGACACCCAACCACAGUUUAGUUUGGGGAGCCAAGAGGACUUGGAGGAACCCCUUCCGCUCGCCGUCUUCCACACGGAAAACGAAGAGCAUCCAUCGUCGAGGAAAGCCUCGCCCGUUCUGAUAAAGGAGGAGGCUCAUAAUGGGGGGAUUGCCGUUCUCGGACCCAAUGAGGAGGUGCAUGGAGAGGGAGCGGCUUGCAAGAGUGUCCCCCCGGGAUCAGAUCCCUCGAGCUCAACCCCGAGCCGCGGCUGGUUCCGCAGGAAGCCCGUCCACCAUCGUCCGGCGGGCGCCCAGCGGAGCAACUAUGACCUGCGGGAGCGGAUCUGCAUCGGCAGCAUGACGGCUCUGGAGACGGCCGUCUACCAGCAGGUGCCCACCGACGAGGCCGAGGCCCAGAUGUUGGCCAGCGCCGACCUGGAUGACAUGAAAAGUCACAGAUUUGAGGACAACCCCGGGGUGAGACGCCACCUGGUGAAGAAGUCAUCGCGGUGUCUGGUGAACCGAGCCAGCAACAGUUCCACGCCGCUGAGCAGCCUGAAGAAGAAGAGGAGAGCAGCAGAUAAGAAAACCCAUGAGUUGUUUGUGGAGCUGAACGAGCUGAUCGUGGACAAGGACCAUGAAAUGCGUUGGAAGGAACGGGCCCGCUGGAUCAAGUUUGAGGAGGAUGUGGAGGAGGAGACGGAUCGCUGGGGUAAACCCCACGUGGCUUCACUCUCCUUCCGCAGCUUGCUGGAGCUUCGCCGCACCAUCACGCACGGCGCCAUCCUUCUGGACCUAGAGCAGAACUCUCUGCCCGGCAUCGUCCAUCUCGUAGUGGAGACGAUGAUCAUCUCUGACCAGAUCAGAGCUGAGGACAGACCCAGUGUUCUUCGGGCUCUGCUUCUCAAACACAGCCACCCGAGUGACCUGAAACAUCGCUUUCACCGCCACCAGUCGUCCAGCAGUCUCCUCGGCAACUUCAAUCACAACAACGUGGACAGCAAUCUGCCACUGGUGGCUGAAGAGCAGGAGGAUUACCAGGAUAACAAGGGGCCGGUGUACGACCCAAAACAAGACGUGUUCGUCAGCCUGUUUAAAUCUCUCCACCCACUGCCUCCCGAGAGCCACCCAGCUGCAGCCAGAUCCAUGAAACUCCUCGCCAAGAUUCCCAAAGAUGCCGAAGCUGUCAUUGUUUUAGUUGGCUCUGUUGACUUCCUGGAGCAGCCAGCCAUGGCCUUUGUCAGGUUGAAUGAGGCGGUCCUCCUGGAGUCCGUGCUGGAGGUCCCCGUCCCUGUUCGCUUUAUCUUCGUCCUGCUUGGUCCAAGUCAGUCCAACGUAGACUAUCACGAGAUCGGACGCUCCUUCUCCACUCUCAUGUCUGACAAGAACUUCCAUGAGGUGGCCUAUUUCGCUGAUGACAGACAGGACCUCCUGAAUGGUAUCAAUGAAUUCUUGGACUGCAGCAUCGUCAUUCCACCCUCAGACGUGGAGGGCAAAGACCUGCUGAAGACGGUGGCCGACUUCCAGAAGCAGAUGCUGCGCAAGAGGAAGGAAAGAGAACUCAAGAGGCAUCACUCCUCAUUUGGAAUAGAGCUGAACAACAAAGAGGUGAGUCCAGAGGAAGAGGAGGAAGGAGACCAGGAGGUGGACCCAUUGAAGCGCUCCGGGAUCCCUUUCGGAGGUCUGAUCCACGACAUCCGCCGCCGUUACCCACAUUACGUCAGCGACCUGAAAGACGCCGUGGACAUGCAGUGCGUCGCCGCCGUCAUCUUCAUCUAUUUCGCUGCACUGUCACCCACUAUUACCUUCGGAGGCCUGCUGGGAGAAAAAACAGAGGGCAUGAUGGGAGUUACUGAGCUCAUUGUGUCAACGGCAACUCUUGGAGUUAUUUUCUCGCUGCUCGGUGGUCAGCCUCUUCUCAUCAUCGGCUUCUCGGGACCCUUACUGGUGUUUGAAGAAGCAUACUACAAGUUCUGUGAGGCCCACAACGUCGAGUACCUAACCGGUCGCGUCUGGAUAGGUUUCUGGCUUGUCUUCAUUGUCCUGCUGAUGGUGGCGGCAGAGGGCAGCUUCCUCGUUCGCUACAUCUCACCUUUUACCCAGGAGAUCUUUGCCUUCCUCAUCUCCCUCAUCUUCAUCUAUGAGACUUUCUCUAAGCUCUUCAAGGUGUUUAAGGAGCAUCCACUGAUGGCAAUUUACCCCAGUGACUUCCACCCAGCGACUGCGCAUCACGAAGUGCAUGACCAGAUCUACAAACAGCCCAACACUGCUCUUCUGUCUCUGGUCCUCAUGAUAGGCACUUUCUUCGUUGCUUUCUUCCUCAGGAAAUUCCGAAACAGUCGUUUCUUAGGCGGCAAGGCCAGAAGAAUCAUUGGUGACUUUGGCAUCCCCAUCUCAAUUUUAGUUUCGGUGUUGGUGGAUUACUCCAUAACUGACACUUACACACAGAAACUCAAUGUGCCGUCGGGCUUCUCCGUCACCUCCCCUGACAAGAGAGGCUGGUUCAUCAGUCCCUUUGGCGAUAAGAAACCUUUUCCCACCUGGAUGAUGGGGGCAUCUAUUGUACCUGCCAUUCUUGUCUUCAUCCUCAUCUUCAUGGAAACGCAGAUCACUUCGUUGAUAGUCAGUAAGAAAGAGCGUCGCCUGGUCAAAGGCUCCGGCUUCCACCUGGAUCUUCUGCUCAUUGUCAUUAUGGGUUCCUUCUGUCCUCUCUUUGGCCUGCCGUGGCUCACCGCGGCCACCGUGCGCUCCGUCACUCACGUCAACGCCCUCACCGUCAUGAGCAAAGCCACGGCGCCCGGCGAGAAGCCCAUGAUCCAGGAGGUUAAAGAGCAGAGGUUGACCGGGCUUCUUGUGGCUGUUCUUGUUGGCAUGUCCAUAGUGAUGACGGACGUGCUCCGCCUCAUCCCUCUGGCCGUGCUCUUUGGCAUCUUCCUGUACAUGGGGGUCACCUCUCUGACGGGCAUCCAACUGUACGAACGCAUCACCCUUAUGGUCACGCCCGCCAAACAUCACCCCGACCACAUCUACGUCACCAAGGUGAAGACAUGGCGUAUGAACAUGUUCACCAUCAUCCAACUGGCGUGCAUCGUGGCUCUGUGGGUCGUGAAGUCUACGGAGGCGUCCCUGGCGUUCCCCUUCGUCCUCAUCAUGACGGUGCCGCUUCGCCGCCUCAUCCUCUCCAGGAUCUUUGAGGAACGUGAGCUCCAGGCGCUGGAUUGCGACGAGGAUUCUCCCAACUUCGAUGAAGAUGGACGAGACGAGUACAACGAGAUCCACAUGCUUGUAUAA